CGUAUACUCACUCUUGUCUACAUAAAGUCCAGUAUCAUUGCGAUUCUAAGUAGAAACACACGACUAGGUAAGUGCUUCCAGUAACGACUAAGAUACGAAAUAUUUGGACUUUUCAAAUCGCCUAUAUUUAAGAGCUUAACAGGCUUCUGCUAAAUAUUAAUUUAGGAAGAUAAAUUCAUCAAUCUUAAGGUACUUUUGAAGAUUAACAAUAGUAAAUUGUAAAAUAAAUAUUAAUAAUUUAAAAAUUAUCUGCGCGAAAUUGACCAUUAUUUCAAUGGAACUAUGCAUUUUUAUAUAUUUAAUCAUGAUAGUGAGUCUAUUUGUAUAUUCCCAUAGCUAGAAAUGUUAGGCAUCCUUAACUGCCAAAAUUAUUUUAUAAACAAUUAUCUAUUUUCCAAUUUAACUUGAGUCAUAGAUUAUAUUUAAAAGCAUACUUUAGUUAAUUUAAAAACUUAAUUAAUGUUAAGUACUCGUAAAAAUACAAAAAUUAAUAAGAAAAUAAUGAGGUAAUUAGAUGAUGUCAUUUACUUAAUAUUUGCAAAAAUUAAUAGAUUUAUCAUGCCUAUAAUUAUCUAAUUGUUACUGUUAUGAGUUGAUAAUGCUAUUUAAAAAUAUCGUUACUAAUCACUCCAAUUCUAACCUUUCACCCUAAACUUGGUUUGAUAACAACAAACACAUUUUACUACAACCGACUCUAGUGAACGGACCGUUUUCAUAUUUCGUAUUACUGUUAAGUAUUAAAUGUAAUAUAGUAUUAAAUAAAAAGUUUAAUAAAAUAUUUUAAAAUACUUUCCGAAAUGAAUUCCAUUAGAGUGUUCGCGAGAAAUAUGAGCAAAGUUAAGAAGUGGAAUCCGUUGAAAAAAGUUGGUAUUGUCGGCGUGCCGUUUGAAAAAGGACAGACGAAAUAUGGAGUCAGCGUCGCCCCAGCAGCUUUAAGAGCAGCGGGACUAAUUGAGGAACUAUCACAAAUAGAGGGUCUCGACGUAAAGGAUUAUGGAGACGUCGAAGUGGUAGGCGGAGAUACCUCUCAAAUGGUAGACAACAUGGUUCACUUGCAGCAGGUGUCCAUCUGCAACAAAAAAGUAUCAGAGAAAGUCUCGCAGAUAUUGAAGGACGACCGCGUCGCUGUCACUAUUGGUGGCGAUCAUUCCAUAGGAGUAGGAACUGUAGACGGCCAUUAUAAUACGAACAAAGACAUGAUCCUCAUAUGGGUGGAUGCGCAUGCAGACAUUAACACCAACAAGACUUCAGAAUCGGGUUCAGUGCAUGGCAUGCCUGUUGCUCUACUGGUCAAAGAACUAUCAGACUAUUGGCCUUAUCUUCCCACUAUGGAUUGGCAAGUGCCUAAAUUCUCAAUCAAAAGUCUUGGUUAUAUGGGCUUACGGUCAGUGGAUCCGUAUGAAAGAUUGGCUAUAGAAAAAUAUGAAGUCCCAGCAUUUGCCAUGGAAGAUAUCGAUGAGUAAGUCAUAAUAUACUUAUAUAUUAGCCAACGUCGAAAACUGAAAGUAAGCCUACUAAAUAAUAUUGUUUAUUUCAAUGGCCAAUGAGAUUUCGCUUAACUUAAUUUACCUGCCGCCUUCCUCCUAACACCCUCUUUAAUUUCAUUAUUUUAUUUGAAAUAUAAAGUACCUAAAGUAGCCUCUUAAGAAAUAUUUAGGAAAUACUUUUAACGUUAGUAAACAGACUUUUUAUUAGAAACUUACUCAACUUAACAGUCUUAUCGUAGCUUAAUCUUUCUGAUAAAAGUUAAAUUUAUUCUUGUACUUCAUAGUAA